GAAGUAACCUGAGCUCAAACGGCCCCUGACAGCUGACGCCGAAACCCACGGCUUGUGGGAGCUAGCUCCGCUAUCCGCACCCCCUGACAGCGGGGACCGAGCAGCAUUCUCGGCCCACGGCCCACAGCCCUUCCCGAGACCCACCCGCAGCCCUUGCACUUCCUGCCCGCCCUCGGCCGCGCCAGGCCCGUCCCUCCCGCUUCUGGCGCAGGCCGGCGCGGGGCGAGCUCCUCCCCGAGCAGCAGCGGGCGCGGCCCCUCCCAGCGCGCCGAGCCGGGCUUGGGUGGGGUCUCGACUCUGCCUCCAGUGCACCCCGAUCCCCUUCCAGCCAGGCCCGCGGCCGACGCGCGGCCCCCGGUGCUUGCGCUCAGCUGGGCCGCCCCGCGCCGCCGGGACCAUGCUGCGCUGGCUGCGGGGCUUCGUGCUGCCCGCGGCGGCCUGCGAGAGCGCGGAGCAGCCGACGCGCUACGAGACCCUCUUCCAGCAGCUGGACCGCAACCGCGACGGCGUGGUGGACAUCCACGAGCUGCAGGAGGGGCUCAGGAACCUGGGCAUCCCCCUGGGCCAGGACGCCGAGGAGAAAAUUUUUACUACUGGUGAUAUCAACAAAGAUGGGAAGCUGGAUUUUGAAGAAUUUAUGAAGUACCUCAAAGAUCAUGAGAUAAAAAUGAAAUUGGCAUUUAAGAGUUUGGACAAAAAUAAUGAUGGAAAAAUUGAGGCUUCUGAAAUUGUCCAGUCUCUCCAGAUACUAGGUUUGACUAUUUCUGAACAACAAGCAGAGUUGAUUCUUCGAAGCAUUGAUGCCGAUGGGACUAUGACUGUGGACUGGAAUGAAUGGAGGGACUACUUCUUAUUUAAUCCCGUUACAGACAUCGAAGAAAUCAUUCGUUUCUGGAAGCGUUCUACUGGUAUUGACAUAGGAGAUAGUUUAACUAUUCCGGAUGAGUUCACGGAGGACGAAAGGCAGUCGGGACAGUGGUGGCGGCAGCUUUUGGCCGGAGGCGUUGCUGGCGCCAUCUCGCGGACAAGCACGGCCCCUUUGGAUCGCCUAAAAGUCAUGAUGCAGGUCCAUGGCUCCACGUCAGACAAAAUGAACAUAUAUGAUGGCUUUCGACAGAUGGUGAAAGAAGGAGGCUUCCGCUCCCUUUGGAGAGGAAAUGGUACAAAUGUCAUGAAAAUUGCUCCUGAGACAGCUAUAAAGUUCUGGGCGUAUGAACAGUACAAGAAGUUGCUUACCGAGGAAGGACAAAAAAUAGGAACCUCUGAGAGAUUUAUUUCUGGUUCCAUGGCUGGAGCAACUGCACAGACUUUUAUUUAUCCUAUGGAGGUUAUGAAAACCAGGCUGGCCGUGGGCAAAACCGGACAGUACUCUGGACUAUUCGAUUGUGCCAAGAAGAUUGUGAAACAUGAAGGCCUGGGAGCUUUUUACAAAGGUUAUAUUCCUAAUCUAUUAGGCAUCAUACCUUAUGCAGGUAUAGAUCUUGCUGUAUAUGAGCUCUUGAAGUCUCAUUGGCUGGAUAAUUUUGCCAAAGACUCUGUAAACCCCGGCGUCCUGGUGCUGCUGGGAUGUGGCGCCUUAUCCAGCACCUGCGGGCAGCUGGCCAGCUACCCCUUGGCUUUGGUGAGAACGCGCAUGCAGGCUCAAGCCAUGGUGGAGGGGAACGCGCAGCUGAAUAUGGUUGGCCUCUUCCGGCGAAUAAUUUCCAAGGAAGGAGUACCAGGACUUUACCGGGGCAUCACCCCAAACUUCAUGAAGGUGCUCCCUGCCGUAGGCAUUAGUUACGUGGUUUAUGAAAACAUGAAACAAACUCUAGGAGUAACCCAGAAAUGACAUGUUGAAUUUUUUGCUUUAGUGCGAUUAUUGAAAGUUUCGAUAAUCCCUAGAGUGACUUUUUCUCCUGAAAUUGCAAGUCUAUGGCAAAAGGGGUCACUUUUUUUUUUUUUUCCACAAAAGGGAAGAGCAUAUCAAUGAUCACUUUAAACACUUGGGCUCAAUUUUAUAUAUACAGAAAUGUUGAAAAUCAUAGUUUUGAUAAGCUCAUACAAUUUUGAAAAGGCCACUGUAUUUGAUCUUUUCUUGUUAGUUCUUUCUACAAAUCUCUGCCUUGAAUCCUAAAUCUGAAACAUAUACUUGCUUGAACUAAAUUUGUUUUGUGUCAUGGAAUUAUAAAUCAGUCAUCUUUGUUUUGGGUGGUUCAAGUUUAUGCCGGUUUCUUUAUACUUAAUAGUCUUUUUCUUAAAAACAAGAUGAUCAGAAAACCUUAAAAUUUAAAUUGUUUUAUAUAUUUCUAAUGUCUUUAUAGAUGACUUAAAAUUGUCUUGUGGAGCCAUUAAUAGAAAAUCAUUGCAUAAAAACAUACCUUACAGCAGCCAAAUAAGUAUAGGGUUUAUAUCCUUAUCUUUCUUUAAGCUGAAUAAGAAUGAAUAUAAGUGGCAGAAUUUCAAGGCAUGUGAACACCUUAGUCCAUUCAUAUCACUAUUUGUAUAAGGCGGAGUGAUGAAAUAUCUAUUUCAGUGGGUCUUUUUACAUUUUCUCUGCACCGUUAUUCGGUUCCUGAGAGGACACACUGAUUGUCAGUAUAUUACUGUUGCGUUAUCAACACGAAGCAAUUUAUCUGAAAGAUUCUGUUUAUUCUGUCAUUGCUUCGAAAAGCACCAGGAAACAAAACCUUUUUACUUAUAUCAGCUUUUACAGAGCAUCUCUCUUUUCUUUGUCCUUUGUUUCCUACUUGAAUCAGAUUUUGUUUUAACCAGGAAGGCAUCUGGGGACCAUUCUUGGUAAUCCGAAAUUUCUUAAUUAUAUAGAUUGGGUUGAUCAUGGGCGAAUGACAUUCUCAUUUCCUCCUCACUAUUGAAUUUCUUCGAACUUGCAAUUCUCAAUUUGGGCAGAGCAAACCUAAGAGAAUAGUACAUCUUAUUAGUACCAUAUAUUAACCUUAUAUAUUAGGUACCUAUAUUUAAAUGAAAAGCCCAAUUUGUAAACACAUACAUUCAUAUUCUCUUUUGCCCCGAGUUUUAGGAACAUGCUAUCAUAUAGAAAACUUAAUUUAUAAUAUCGAUAGCAUGUUUUCAAUUUACUAAAACCAUUUUUGUCUUUCCUGAUUUUCAGUAAUUUCUGUUAUAAAUCGCCAACAUUUUAAGGAAAAUCUAGUGACAUACUAGGCAUUUAGUUUAUUUGAACCUACCUCUUAUUUUCUGAACAGAAGAGAAAUGUUGGACUUGUCUUUGUGAAAUAUAUCCUAAAAUAUAUUUUCCAUUAUAUUACUUUUGCCUGAUAAAUGUCUCAGAAUUUUUAUAAAACAUGGUAAGCAUGGGAUUCUAUCUGCAGGGUUGUUUAUACUUUUGAAUAGUACAUAAAUGACAAUAUUAAGGUACAUGACCAGCUGUUUCUUUUUUUUAACUCAUAAAAAUUAUGGAAUGAACAACUGAAAUUUCAAGCUACUGAAAAAUCAUCAUUGUUCAGUAUGAGUUUAAAUGGUUUGCUAUUUAACAUUUGUAAGGUAUGAAUGUGAUUUAUCUGUACGUCUUGUAUCUUUUGAAAAAAUGAUCUUGUAUUUUUUGAAAAGAGCCUGGAGUCGAAGGUAGAUUAUUUCUGGCAUUGCUGCAUGUUUACUUCCCAUUUAUAUUAAAAACACACACGUAUGUAUGUA